AUGUGCAGAUUUUACAAGCUGUCGUCGCGUUUGGCCUCGUCAGGAAAGAGACUUCUGUCAGUGGCUCAAAAUUAUUCGAUGAUCGAUCGUCCGUACAGUUUACCGCCGACGAUACUGAGCAAAAUAUUUGUUGAUCGAAGUCGGAGCUCCUCCAAAUUCAGGAAAAAAAGUUUUCAAGAAAAAAACAUACAAAGAGCGGUCAGUUUCGAACGACCGCCCUGCUUGCGACAAGAUCUUUUGUGCAAAGUAACCGAACCCACGAGAGAUGCUAUGAACAAAGUUACGAUUGUUGGCGCCGGUAUGGUAGGAGUUGCUUGUGCCAACGCCAUUCUCUUCCAGAAAAUUAGCAGUCACGUGGCGAUUGUCGACGCGUUUCCCAAAAAACUCGAAGGCGAGGGAAUGGAUUAUUCUCACGGGCGAACCUUCUUGGAUGAUCCACACGUGGAGUACGACACUGAUUUCUGCGUUACCAGUAACUCGAAAGUCGUCGUCGUCGCUGCGGGGGCACGUCAGAAAAAGGGUGAAACGAGGUUGGAUCUGGUGCAGCGUAACACCGAUAUUUUCAAGAAUAUCAUCCCUCCGUUAGUGAAGUACAGUCCGAAUGCUGUAUUCGUCAUUGCCACGAAUCCAGUCGACGUGAUGUCCUGGCUUACGUGGCAAAUCAGCAAACUUCCGGUCCAUCGUAUAAUUGGCAGUGGUUGUCACUUGGACACCGCGAGAUUACGUUACAUGAUCGGGGACCGAAUCGGCGUUGCUCCGAGCUCGGUUCAUGGAUACAUUAUCGGAGAGCACGGUGACAGUCAGGUCCCGCUGUGGUCCAGCUUCAGCAUCUCGGGUGUACUCCUCCGCGAUGUAUUGCCGAACAUUGGAUUGGAAAGCGACGAGGAGGGAUGGAACGAAAUCGCCAAGGACGUUAUCAGAGCGUGA